UUCCUCCUCCGAUCCGCGCGGGGGCGGCAGCGGGCGCAGUGCGGGCGGCGGCGGCUGGUCUGGCCGGGCUCGUCUGUGGCUGCCUCCCCUUGGCUACAAUGUAGCGAGCCGAGGAAGCGGAGCGUCCGGGCCGGGCAGAGCCCCCCAUGGGCGCGCAGGUCGGACUGCUAUGGAAUAUGAUGAGAAGCUGGCCCGUUUCCGGCAGGGCCACCUCAACCCGUUCAACAAGGCCUUGCUGCAAAACCAGCAUGACCAGAAGUCCAGGGGGACUGGCGAGGACUUUCCAAGGAAAGACUUGAGCCUGGAAUUGUCCCCCGAGGAUCUGCCCGAGUUCCGGUGCACGGAGCACGUGAUGGACUUGGGGAUGGCAGAGGAUCACUUCUCACGGCCAGUGGGGCUGUUCCUAGCCUCGGACAUUGAGCAGCUGCGGCAGGCGAUCGAGGAGUGCAAGCGGAGGAUCCUGGAGCUUCCCGAGAACUCAGAGAAGCAAAAAGAUGCUGUCGUGCGGCUCAUCCACCUGCGCCUCAAACUCCAGGAGCUGAAGGACCCCAGUGAGGAUGAGCCCAACAUCCGGGUCAUCCUGGAGCAUCGCUUCUACAAGGAGAAGAGCAAGAGUGUGAAGCAGACGUGUGACAAGUGCAGCACCAUCAUCUGGGGGCUCCUCCAGACCUGGUACACCUGCACAGGGUGCUCCUACCGCUGCCACAGCAAGUGCCUGAACCUCAUCACAAAGCCAUGCGUGCGCUCCAAGGUCAGCCACCAGGCUGAGUAUGAGCUUAGCAUCUGCCCAGAGACGGGGCUGGACAGCCAGGACUACAGAUGUGCUGAGUGCCGGGUGCCCAUCUCACUCCGGGGAGUCCCAAAUGAGGCCCGGCAGUGUGACUACACAGGCCUCUAUUACUGCAGCAACUGCCACUGGAACGACCAAGCUGUCAUCCCUGCCAGGGUCAUCCACAACUGGGACUUUGAGCCCCGCAAGGUAUCUCGGUGCAGCAUGCGCUACCUGGCGCUGAUGGUGUCACGGCCUGUACUCAAACUGCGCGAGAUCAACCCUCUGCUCUUCAACUAUGUGGAAGAGCUGGUGGAGAUCCGGAAGCUGCGCCAGGACAUCUUGCUCAUGAAGCCAUACUUCAUCACCUGCAAGGAGGCCAUGGAGGCCCGUCUGCUGCUUCAGCUGCAGGACCGGCAGCACUUUGUAGAGAAUGAUGAGAUGUACUCGCUGCAAGACCUAGUUGACAUCAAUGCUGGGCGCCUCAGCUGCUCCCUGACAGAGAUCCACACCCUCUUUGCCAAGCACAUCAAACUGGACUGUGAGCGGUGCCAGGCAAAGGGUUUUGUGUGCGAGCUCUGCAAAGAAGGAGAUGUCCUCUUCCCAUUUGACAGCCACACCUCAAUGUGCAUGGAGUGUUCGGCCGUCUUCCACAGGGACUGCUACUAUGACAACUCCACUACGUGUCCCAAGUGUGCUCGGCUCAACCUGAGGAAGCAGUCCCUGCUCAGGGAUCCCAGCAUGGAGCUGCAGGCAUAGAAAUGCCUUCCCUUGGCAGGAGGGAUACAGUACCAAGGAACAAGGUGCAACCACUGUGCCAGUUUUCACCUGUAUUUGCCUGCAAGGAGGUCAGCCCCACAGGAGCAAGGAGGGAACUUCUCACAGGAGCACAGCUGGGAAUGAACUGUCCAAAGCCAGAAAAUGGUGCAGCUGGGCUGGUGCUGAACCUCAGUCCUAGACUCUCUCUUGCUGAAAGAGCUGCUGAGACUGUCUUGCAUGCACCAGUGUUGGUAGACUCUCCUUGCCUAGAUGUGUGAGGCUGAAGCAGAGAGAAGAUUGGCUCUGGGUGUGGGGAGGAGUGCCUCAGCCCAAGAAUAAAUUACUCCAGGUAUUGCUGGUGGAUCUUGCCAAAUUGACCAAUUCUGGAGAAGUGGGAGCCUGACUGUGGUGCAAGAGGAUUGCUGCCUGCUUCCUUCAGCAAUUGCGAAUUAACAUAGCACUCUGUGCAGGGAGUCUGUUAUCCCAGGCAACUUGGCUCUGGGAUAAAGCUGAAGAGACACUAUGUUGAUACACUAGCAAGGAAGACUGUUUUCAGCGGGGUUGGCUUAAGGGACCUGCCGAGACCUAUAAGUCAUUUUCCUCUGACUUAACGUGUAGUAUGUCUGUGCUGGAGCCGGGGAGAGAAUGCCCCUUUCUCUCCACCAUCUCCAUGACGUUUGGUGGUAGCCAAAUCAAAGGACUUGAUGCAUCAUGAAAUUGGAACAGCCACAAAGAGAAUAAGGGGGCAUCAACCACAGUAAUUUAUCGUGAGCACUAAAAUCACUUUAAAUAAAGCUCUAUGUAAAUCUU